CUCCUCCGCCAACACAGCCAUCAAUUCAUAUCCGUCCUGACCUAAGAAAAUCGAGUUCCACACAGCGAUCCAGCAGAUAUCUAAGACAAGCGAAUCAUCCAUGGGAGUUGGGAUGAAGCGUGCGAGGGAGGAGGAGCCCGUGUCGCUAGCGCUGUCGCUUAACACGGACUCCACGUCCUCCACGACCUCGGCGGACUCAUCCGGGGGUUCGCUGGCGGCGACGCAGAAGAAGAGACCACGCCGUGGGAGAGUGGUUGCGACAUCGGGGGAAGGGGAAUUCGUGUGCAAGACCUGCGGCCGCGCCUUCGCGACCUUCCAGGCUCUCGGCGGGCACCGGACAAGCCACCUCCGCAGCCGCAACGGGCUGGAGCUCGGCGUCGGCGUCGCAAGGGCCAUCAGAGAUAGGAAGCGGAGCGAGGAGAAGCAGAAGCACGAGUGUCAUAUAUGCGCGCUCGGUUUCGAGACGGGUCAGGCCCUCGGUGGACACAUGAGGCGGCACCGCGACGAGAUGGCGCUCAGCGCCGGUGCCGACAACCAGUGGAUCAUUUUGCAGCCGGAUCAGGAAGAGGUGGUGGGUCACGCUGCCCACCGGCCGCCAGUCUUGCUCGAGCUGUUCGUAUAGCUACCAUUAGCUGGAUCUGCUGACUGUUUCUAAUUAGAGAACCUGCAAAUGAUUUUAGAAUGAGAUAUGUUCAUUUUUUGGUCUUGCCGAGUAGCGUUUCAGCUCUGUAAUAUGUCUCAGAUUUUGAACCAUCUGGGGAUUCAUUGAUCUCCACUGUAUAUAUAACAGAAAUUCCCAAUUUGAUUUC